AUAUUUAGAUCAUGAAAGCAGCAUUGUGAUCCCACUGAGAAAUGUCAUUGUGACAUAUCUUCCUCUUUCCCAUGACGUCCAUCAUUGAAUAAAAAUAAAUUAGCUAUAUUCAUUGCUGAAUAAGGCACUGUUUUAUUUAGACUUCCCUACGCAAUAGGCUUCAAUGAAGGUCCUGUUUUAGUACACUUCAGUGAAACCAUUUUAUGACCUUUGUGACAACAAAUGUUUUUACAGAUUUCUUUUACUUUAAUACUAAAAACACUCACGAUAAAAUUGUUAACUAACAUGUUUAGUAGCUUGCAUUUCUUAGUAAUUAAUUUUUUUUUUUAUAAUAAAUGUUGCAUUAUGCUGUAAAAUGCCCCAGUAAUCUUGGUAAACCUUUUUAACACAAAGUCUAUAAUGUCAUACUUUGAAUGUUACAUUUCCCCUUUCCCAAAAGUGAAUUCAUAAUAAAAAACAAACAGGGAUGAGCAGGAAAAGUGUAACAUCUGUUUGUGACAGACAUGGAGAGAGAAACAGGACAGAUUUGCUGUGGCUUAGAGCUCCAGGGGAUUAAUUUGACCCAAAUGAUAACACACAGCCUUCAGCAUUUCCUCUGAAGGCUGCAGUUCCUAGCUUUCAACUCGCAGCAUCACGUCACUCAACACAAAAACACCGUAUAACCCCAAACACCACGUGCGCAGUAGGAAAGUUGAGCUUUACGUCAGUGUCCAUAUGAGGACUGUCGGACAAGCCAUAUUUGGCUUUUCCGCCUGUGACGUUGCUGCCUCUGCGGAAAACGGGGCGGAGCCCACGCGACCCCGCCCCUCUCGCGGCUGUUAUCAAUGAACAACUGAAACUAUGAAACUGAAGACGGUUUUAUCCGCCUCAGGGAGUUCAAGUUCAAGUUCUCUCUACACUUACUCAAAUUCAUUUUAAGUUUUCAUACAGGCGCAUUAUUUUGCAUUUACAACUAUAAUAGUUUACUUUUUUCCUUAAGUAAACACCUCGUUUUUGUGUACUUUUUAAAGUUUUUUUAGGUUGACUUUUCACCUAUUUCAAACUUUUGCGCCAUGGCUUCAAGCAGUGUAACACUAGAAAUAACAAACAACGAGCUGGUCCACAUCCUAAGGACCCCACGGGAUCAGUACACCUCCAGCGGGUGCGUGGUGCUGGACUGCAGACCUUUCCUCGACUUCUCCACGACGCACAUUUGCGAGUCCCGCAACGUCAACUGGAACUCGAUGCUGCGCCGCAGGUCCAAGAGCUCGGUGGUGGCCCUGGAGUGGCUCAUCCCGGACAAGGCGCUCCUGGGCCGGCUGCGGCGCGGAGAGUUCUCCCCGCUGGUGGUGGUGGAUGAGAGGAGCGGCUCGUUGGCCGAGCUCAAGUCGGAGAGUGUGGCCCAGAUGUUGCUCACCGCCCUGCAGAACGAAGUCCAGACGCAAAUCUGCUUUCUGCAAGGUGGAUUUGAGGGAUUUUCAGAGGCCUUUCCAGAUCUUUGUUACCACGCUGCUGUAAACCCCCUCCAUUCAGUGGAACCAGAGCCAAUAGUGACAGGCCGGAGGACUCCAGCAUAUGAUCAGAAUGGUCCGGUGGAGCUGCUGCCCUUCCUGUUCCUGGGCAGUGCCAUCCACUCGUCCCGCAGAGAGACGCUGGCAGCAGCAGGCAUCACAGCUGUCCUCAACGUGUCCUCCACCUGCCCCAACUUCUACGAAGGAGAGCUCCAGUACCUUCGACUCACUGUGGAGGAUACGCUGGUAGCCGACAUUAGAGCCUGCUUUCACACAGCCAUCUCGUUCAUCGACUCCGUGAAAAAGAGCGGUGGUCGGGUGCUGGUGCACUGUCAGGCAGGCAUCUCCCGCUCAGCCACCAUCUGUCUGGCCUACCUCAUGCACACGCAGCGCGUCCGCCUCGACGAGGCCUUCGACUUCGUCAAGCAGCGGCGCCAAGUCAUCUCCCCCAAUCUGGCUUUCAUGGGACAGUUGCUGCAGUUUGAGACCGACAUCCUCUGUCAGGGCUGAGACGAGUGAUGUCUUCAGCUCAUAUUCUUAUCGGGACUCGACAAAUGAUCCAUUUGUGCAGAAAAUGGUACAUCUAACAAGGACUCGGAGAAAAGCUACUUGUGUUGCUGGCAUCACAUGAUUGGAUUUCUGUUUAAAGCAGAAACUGACAAAUGCAUUACUGGUUAAAACAAACUGUUGCAGUGUAGAAACCUGCUGAAGUAUUGAACUUGAAAAUGACUACAGUCCAGAAGUAGCAGGUUGGAGCAGCUACUUGUACUUUCCCCUUUUACCGGUGAGGGAAGUUGUUCCUGCUUUUCUGGUAGUGUGUUUUUGUUGUGUGUGUGUGUGUGCUAAUUUAAGACUAAGGUGCCUGUUUAUUUGAAAGGUCUGUUUUUGCUUUCAUACUGAAGCCACUGUGACAUCUUUCAGGCAGCACUGUGUUAGCUACUUAAAGCAAUUCUGAACAAUUCUCAGAUUUCUUCCACUGAAAUUAUGAAAAUGCACUAACUACAGCCUGUUUUAUGAGACACAUAUAUUGGCUGGCAGCUGUUUUUUUUUUUUUUCCAUUAUGUAAAUAGUUUUUAAUUAUUUAAGGUUUGCAAUGACUGUGUUACAGUUUUUGAUAUGUUACUGCACUUUAAUCCUGCAAAUUUCAAUCUAUUCUGGGGUUUUUUUUCCACUCGAAUAAAAACUUGCAGGAAAACACGU